AUGGACGACCCUGGAUGCCAUUGCCGGGACAUCCAUGUGUACCUGCAGCAUGGCAGCUACCCCGUGGUCAAUCCGGAGAACGCGUCGCAGCCGGCUGAGCUGUACGAGCGGCGCGCGGGGCUGCUUCGCCUGGCACUGGUGACCGGCACGCUGCCACACGAGCCGACCCGGCUGACAGUAGCGGCGCCGCUGGACGGGCCCUGGUACGCCGUGGCCUACAUCGCGCCCUGGGACCGCGCCGUGGCACAGCAGGGCAUCACUCACAGGUGUUUGUACAGUCUGGGCUCGAUCGGGUACUGGCACCAGGAGCGUCCCCAGCUGCUGGAGACCAACCGACCUCUCACCAUACGCACCAUCGCGCGGACAUCCUACUUCAAAUUCCACGUGCCGUCGGACACGGAGUCGGUGUCGGUGCGGGUGUCAGGCUGCCGCGUGGUGGAGCCCGGCGCGCCGCCCGAGGAUGACGUGCACCCCUGCAUCAGCUGGCUGGCGCUGCGGCCGCGCGCCCUUCCAACCAGCGCGCCAUCACAGGACGCCGCCUCGCCAGAGGACGCGCCCGUGGGCCAGCUGAACAUCAGCGGGGUCCGCGAGGGCCGCACGUACCGGCUGGAGCCGGACCAGCUGUGGCUCGACGCCUACUACCACCUGGCCGUGGUGGCCGAGAGCAACGCCGUCGUCAACCUCACCGUCACCCUGACACACUGCGAGUUCGUCGCCUCCGAGGGCCGGCCGCCGACUGCUGACGUCACGGCUGACGUCAGCGGUGGACGGCAGACGAACGGCUCCGUAGCGCGGCCGACGUCACCGCGCUGCUGGCCGCUUACGGAGCUGACACGCAUCAAGUACGCGCAGGACUUCACCGACACCUUCCUGGCUGUGAACGCGGCCUUCUACUACACGUGGGUGCACCUGACCGACCGCCGGCCGCACUCGGUGCGGUUCGAGACGCGAGAGUUUGUCGACGUGGGUGGCACCCUGUAUGUGGACCUGCAGCUCAACAAGCUGCUGACGAACGACUCUGCCCAGGUGGUGACAGUGGAGUGCUGCCUCUCGGCGCACGUGCUGCCCGUCUCGGCGGCCGGCCGGCUCCGCUGCGAGCCGCCACUGGCCUUCCGACUCAGCUCGGCAUCCGAGGCCGAGACGCGCGCCAUCCGCCUGCUGCCCUUCCCAGAGCCGGCCGUCUGGUACAUCAGCAUGGUCACCCGCUGCAGCUCGCGACGGUGA